AUGGCUGAACCGCAGAACGGUACCAGUCCCCCAGCUGGCAAGGAACCUGACACUGUCAAUGUCAAUGUCGUCAAGAAGGAGGAGAAGCCGUUCUCCUGGCUCAACCCUCAUCCCAUCUUUGUCAUCAUCCUCGUCGGCCCUGAAGAAUGUCCCUUUGGCAUACAGAAGGACUUUCUCUGCGCGCGAUCCGAAUUCUACGAGAAACACUUCGCUGCGAUGAGCUCCCUUGACAAGGUAGAGCACCUCGUCAAGCUCCCCGAAACGACCAAGGAGAUUUUUGGGCUGGCCCAACACUUUCUGUACACCGACAAGGUCAUCUCUGAUGAGUCCAAUGUGCCCUCCUACGAGGCCCUGGUUGGACUCUGGAAGCUCGGCCAUCACCUGGGCAUCAAGGGGCUCUGUGACAAGGCCCUCGACGCCAUGGUUGACUGUCGACGUCUCACUGAGAGAAUCCCAGCGACGCCUCUUCUCAUCCAGGUCUGGAAGGACACACCCGAGGGCUCCUCGAUCCGAAAGCUGCUCCUGUCGUGGACGGCCGAGUACAUGCGAUCCUCGGAUGCUCGAGCAGAGUUUGCCAAGUCGCUGCCCCAGGAGGUCCUCAGCGAGCUUGUCGUUGCCAUGAGCUCCUUCGACACUGCUCCCGUGGUAGAGCGGGCUACCGAAUCCAUCGUUGUGCCCUCUACCAUGCCGGCUACGACACCCCGAAAGAAUGUUCACUACCUCGAGGACGAGCCUGACAGUGAGGCCAAGAAAAGCCGACGAGUCAGUGGGAUCCCCAUCAGCAACCCUUCGUCGGCGGAUAGAUCCAUCAAGGCUCGCGUCACGCUGCCCAAACCCGCUGUCAAGCGUAGAACCAGCGCGGGCUACGCAGACGGCCGCGAGUUUAGCACGGCACGGAAGAUGGAAUUCUGUGCCGACCUCCUGAGCAGAAUGCUAUCUGGCCCUGGUUUCUGGACCCGACUCGUCGGCCCCUUUCGUGAUCCUGUUGAGCCCAUCGAGGAUGGCGUGCCGGAUUACUUUGACAAGGUCAAGCGACCCAUGGAUCUGAGUACCAUCAAGGCCAAGAUGGACAGAAAGGAGUACGCAAACGAGGAUGAGUUCCUGAGGGACAUUCGCCAGAUCUUUGAGAACUGCUUCACGUACUGGAAGGAGGGAGACCCUAUGUGGGCCGCUGGAGAGAGACUCCAGAAGACCUUUGAGGAAAAGUUCCUGCAGAUGAACAAAUGGGUUGCCAAGAUGACUGGCGACGAGGAUUAAUUUGGUCCCCUCGAGCAUUUUGGCAGCGAGUUGACGGCUCCUCGAACACAUUGGCUAGGCACGAUGGGGUGCCGCCGUCAAGGAGCCCGGUGUAAAAGGGAUAGCAUGAAGGCUGGUUUAUUUCUCGGCUUUACUGUAACUAGGGUAUUCGCUCGCCUCGGUUUCCACGGUGUAAAGGGAGCAGAUGAGAGAUUUUCAUGGGCCAGGGAUGAGAUUGUACCUGGUGUAAUAGGCUCCAUUGCAAGGCGUCUCUGGGAAACUUGGCAAGGGCAAGACGGGAAUAGGCGGUGUCUUUGUGUGUUGUACCAAGAUAGAUAAUAAUCUCUCGGGAU